AAGAAUACAAAUGUCCGAUCAACCUGGAACAAGUAGACCGCCUCUUCGAGCAGAACCAACGCCCACAAAAACUGCAACACGUCGACGUGCCCGUCCAAUUGCAAUACCAUCAGAUGAAACUCCACGGAAUGAGGUUACAUUCCUAAGACCAUCAGAAGUUCCACAAAGAAAACCACUUCCAGAAUAUCGAGAACCACAACCACGAAAAACAGUUCCAAAGAAUGUUCCACUUGAAGAUCUUCAUAAUUAUCAUCGGGAGGAGUGUCUAAACGUUAGCAUUCCACAUUUUAUAAAUACAGAAGAUCUUAUCAAAGAAUCUCAACGUGUCAAUGGUCUCAUUUCAUUUCGAAGCACAAAUUUUGUGGAUCCUUCUGUUAUUUUGAAGGAAAUAAAGAAAAAAGAAGAGGAAACUGUAACAUUAAUGGACAACGACAAAAAUUCUAUAAUAGACAUAGUUGGAGAUGGAAUAAACUACGAAAAAUUGAAGAAAGUCGAGAAAUCCCUCUGCCAGAUUGAUAUUAUCACCGAAUUUAUGAAUAGAAGUCGACAUUUACAAGGAAAAAAAGUCAACGGAUGCAUAAUGAGAAUCGACGAAACGAAACAAUUAUUAUUUCAUGUAAUAAUUGAUGGACCUGUUGGAAGUAUCUAUGAAGGUGGAACAUUUUUUGCCGAUAUUAACAUCCAACCAUAUCAAAAUCAUUCAUUGAUUCCAAGAGUUUGUUUUCACACAUUUAUAUUUCAUCCGAAUCUUGGGAAAUAUGGAAACUGGGACAUGCGUGGAAUUCAAUGGGAACGACGAUCCAAUUUGGAAGUUUUAUAUAAUUUUAUUGUGGAAGGAAUGCGAAAUGUGAAAUAUGAUAUUGAACGUAGAAAUCUUGCUCAAUUGGAAGAUAUGUCACAACCGAAUAUCUCGCGGCUUGCUAAAGAGGAUUGGCCGAAAUUCGAGCGUACAGCCCGGGAAUUUGUAAUGAAAAUGGCCGGAGGAACUAUAAACGGACGCAAGACAAUUUUUGCUGAAACAAAAAAAAGGAGAAGACAAGAUUUUCUUGAUGAAGACAUUGAUGUCAUUGGAAUUUCAUAGUUUUCUGUUUUUUUUAAAUAAACAAAAAAUGUU